CAGGAUCGCUUGUUCAUGCCUUUAAUGCGCGAUCUGUUUUCUCCAGUGGAGGGCACUCAGUGUAUCACAAACUAGAACAUUAGCACCAACAAGCUCCGAAGCAUCACCGCUCUCCGGGAAGCCUCCUGAAUUAGACGAGAGCUGCCUCCCAGCACAGCUACAAAACACUCGAAACCUGAGCGCCUAAAUGGAUAAACCUUUCCUGCACGGCCUUUGAACUGGGGGCUUACACAGCACGGGGGCCUGCCUGCUUCAGGAGCCGGGCUGCUGGAGGAUGGAUUGCUGUGGCUGGCAAUGGCACAAGGCAGCAGAAUGAGAGAUGCUAGGGAACUUUGUGUGGGUUACUGGCAUGCACGCUGGAUGGCGAUGAUGUGAGUGGCAACCCUGCUGUGCCAUGAAGAUUCUGAGGGUUUAAGGAAAGACCAGUUUGGAAAAGAGGGAGGCAGAGGGAGAGGGGGGGGGGGGAAUACAAAGAGAGAAGAAAACAGCUGGAGGAAGGCGAAGGAGGCCGUUUGCUGCCGACAAAAGGAUGGGUUUCCAUUUAAGGAGGCAGCUGAGAGGCAUGAGUGUGGUGUUGGUGCUGCUUCCGACGGUGCUGCUGGUGGUGCUGGCGGGGGCUCAGCGAGCCUGCCCCAAGAGCUGCAGGUGCGACGGCAAAAUCGUCUACUGCGAGUCGCACGCCUUCAGAGACAUCCCCCAGAACAUCUCCGGCGGCUCGCAGGGCUUAUCCCUGCGCUACAACAGCAUCCAGAAGCUGAAAUCCAACCAGUUCGCAGGCCUGAACCAGCUCAUCUGGCUCUACCUUGACCACAACUACAUCAGCUCCGUGGACGAGGACGCCUUCCAGGGCAUCCGCCGGCUGAAGGAGCUGAUCCUGAGCUCCAACAAGAUCACUCAGCUGCACAACAGAACCUUCCACCCCGUGCCCAACCUCCGCAACCUGGACCUCUCCUACAACAAGCUGCAGGUGCUGCAGUCGGAGCAGUUCAGGGGCCUGCGGAAGCUGCUGAUCCUGCACCUGCGCUCCAACUCGCUCAAGUCGGUGCCCAUCCGCAUCUUCCAGGACUGCCGCAACCUGGACUUCCUGGACCUGGGCUACAACCGCCUGCGCAGCCUGUCCCGCAACGCCUUCGCCGGCCUGCUGAAGCUGACCGAGCUGCACCUGGAGCACAACCAGUUCUCCAAGAUCAACUUUGCCCACUUCCCACGGCUCUUCAACCUGCGCUCCAUUUACCUGCAGUGGAACAGGAUCCGCUCCAUCAGCCAGGGGCUGACGUGGACCUGGAGCUCCUUGCACAACUUGGAUUUAUCGGGCAACGACAUCACAGGGAUAGAGCCUGGCACCUUCCAGUGCCUGCCCAACCUCCAGAAGCUGAACCUGGAUUCCAACAAGCUCACCAACAUCUCGCAGGAGACCAUCAACACGUGGAUCUCGCUCAUCUCCAUCACUCUGUCUGGGAAUAUGUGGGAAUGUACUCGCAGCAUCUGCCCUCUCUUCACUUGGCUUAAGAACUUCAAGGGCAGCAAGGAGAGCACCAUGAUCUGCGCCGGCCCCAAGCACAUCCAGGGUGAGAAGGUCAGCGACGCGGUGGAAACCUACAAUAUCUGUGCCGAAAUCCAGGUGGUGGUGACCGAAAGGUCCUACCAGCCGCCCAAAACCCCCCAGAGGCCUCUCUUCGUCCCCAGGCCUACCGUGUCCAAGCUGGAGAGCGAGCAGGCGACGUCCGCCGAGCCCAGCCCUUCCGCCGCGCCGCCGACACCGGGGCUGGAGCCGGACUACGAGCACGUCUCCUUCCACAAGAUCAUUGCAGGCAGUGUGGCUCUCUUCCUCUCCGUGGCCAUGAUCCUCUUGGUUAUCUACGUCUCCUGGAAGCGGUACCCAGCCAGCAUGAAGCAGCUGCAGCAGCACUCACUCAUGAGGAGGCGCAGGAAAAAGGCGCGGGAGUCGGAGAGGCAAAUGAGCUCUCCCUUGCAGGAGUAUUAUGUGGACUACAAGCCAACAAACUCUGAGACCAUGGAUGUAUCAGUUAAUGGAUCUGGGCCCUGCACCUAUACCAUCUCUGGCUCCAGGGAAUGCGAGGUUCCUCACCACAUGAAGACUUUACCCUACUACAGCUACGACCAGCCAGUGAUUGGGUACUGCCAAGCCCACAAACCUCUCCAUGUCAACAAGGGAUACGACUCCAUGUCCCGGGAGCAGGCUGAGACAACCAACCUGGAGCUCAGCCGGGACCACAGCUUCAUCGCCACCAUCGCGCGCUCGGCCGCCCCGGCCAUCUACAUCGAGAGGAUACCAAACUGACCCUGCAGGGCGGAGUGGGGCUGCUGCUGAGGGACCUUCCAGGCCAGGAAACCUCCAUCUACCAUUCCUGUUCCAAAUGCUCCAGCAGAGAGCACGGGAAGGGGAAACAGCGAACUCCGCAGCCUGGUCGGGCGGGACGCAGCUGAGGACUUCAGGAUUUUCUGUGCUUUAAACUUUCAAACAAAUUCCUCAAUGUAAAUAUGAAAAGAGAGAUUGUCCAGUUCUUAUUAAAAAACAACACAAAAAAAGACAAAAAAAAAAAGAGAAAAACAAUAGAUUUCACUCUAGCUACAUACAAGGGAUGGAUGAAGAGUUUUGUUUGUAUAUUUGAUUUUUCUACAUUGCACGGUUCCAGGGAAGGAGAACCACAGGUCAAAAUCCAAAGGGGAUGGGGAGGGCAGCAGGGGGGGUGGCUCAGCCAUGAUUCCUCAUGGAAUGUUUAUUAUUCCUCAGAGAUUGGGUUAAUUAUAUUUUUGUUUGGUUCUUUUUAAACAAACACCAGAGAGGAAUUGAGGCUUUUCUUUUCUUUUCUUUUCUUUUCCUCCUUUUGCUUUCUUCUUUUGGAAGUUGGUUUGGUUUGCUUGGCCUUUGGGGUGGGGUUGGUUCUUUUUUCCUUUGUUUGGUUUGGUUUGUUGUUUGU